UCCGAUGAAGCCGAGGACGGGGCACCCCGGGGGGUUGGCUAUUUUAGAUGUGGUUUGAACUUGAGAUAUCCACAGUUCUCAAACGAAAUGAUUCUGGAAAAAGAUCUUAAAUUCUGGGAUUCAGUGUCUGGAGAGCUCUAUUCUUACACAGAUUGGCAUGCGGAAUCCAAUUUAAUGGCUCCCGCCAUUCCUGGAAAACUGCUUGUUUGGAAGGUUGGCAUCUUCACAUACAACUACGAACCUAUCUUCGAUGACAUCCUCGAGUGUUGGUUCAGUCGAUCCAACGAAAGGGACCCAGCUGCACCUUUGGAAGAUGCCGAGGAGGACUUUGAAGAUAGUAAUGCCUAG